UAUGGUCGAUUCGUUUUCUCCACUCCUUCCUUUCGCAUGCAAUCGGUGUCCCCCCCCACCCCUUUCCUAGGGCGAGGAAGCCGGCGCAGAAGCAGGCAGGGAAGCCGGGGAGGAUGAACUAGCGCGCAGGGGCCGCUCCAGCCGCAUCGGCCCCGCUCUGAGCGCUGCCAGGCUCCGGUGCAGAGACGGGAGGAGGAAUUGGGGUAAACCUGAUCCCCUCUCCCCAAGCUCCCCUCCACCAUGGCCUCUGGGAACAGCAGCGACCCACCGGACCCUCAUCGGCGCAGGGGCAGCGAGGGGCGUAGGCAGUCGCUGAGACUCAAUUCAGAAGAUCAGGUGGCCCAGGAGACCGAGGAGGUGUUCCGGAGCUAUGCCUUCUACCGCUACCAGCAGGAGAGGGAAGAGGGUGGAGGGGAGGUGCCGAUGGACCCUGAGAUUGCAGAGAUCCAGCAGGAGCCGGGCAGCACCAGCAACCAGGUGGGUAGGCGCCUGGCCAUCAUCGGAGAUGACAUCAACAUGCGGUAUGACGCAGAGUUCCGGAACAUGCUGAAGACCCUGCAGCCCACGAAGGACAAUGCCUACGAGUACUUCACUAAGAUAGCCUCCAGCUUGUUUGACAGCGGCAUUAACUGGGGCAGAGUGAUUGCGCUGCUGGGGUUCGGUUACCGGAUGGCGAUUCAUGUGUACCAGCUCGGGGUGACCGGCUUCCUCCGGAGCAUCGCUCGCUACGUGGCAGAAUUCGUGCUUCGCAACCGCAUCGCCCAGUGGAUUGCCGACCAAGGAGGAUGGGUGGCAGCACUGGAGUUGGAUAACGUUUACGUGUUGUACAUGAUGGGGGUGUUGGUCGUGGUCCUGCUGGGUCAUUUGGUGGUACGACGCUUCUUCAGCCCAUGACUGGAGUGGAGGCCGAGGCCGGUGAUCUGGCCAAACUCUCUCUCAAUAGUCCACUCCGUCAUAAAGACAUCUCCUGAGAGAGAGGGGCUCAGGGAACAAACAAGGGAGAGCAGUUUGGAUAUGACGACUCCUCUUCUGAGACAGCACCAUCCACGGAGAGACUGCCAUCUGUGGGGAGACUGCCAAGAACUACACAGAGAGGCAUUAAUGGGGGGCUUUGGGGUGUGGGGAGGGAUUGAUGAUCUCAUCCAGAGGUUGAAUGCUUCAGUCAGGAACAUCAGUGCAAUGACGUUCCCAGCAUGCAGCGAUGGGUGAGGGUUACAGGCUUCUGCAGUGUACAGAGACCGUAGAAGCCCCAUUAGAGGAACAAACAUGUUGUUUAGGUAAUGCACGUGUCUCCCGCAUCCACUCAGUGGCAUUCUCAAGAGCCCUCCCAAGGAAAGGCACGGAACAUCCUCUAAUGGAUCUCAGCCCAGAUCUCGCCGGCCUUCACAUAACAGGAUUACAGCCACAGCCGUUACAGUAUCUGCUUGUAAGUCAUUGGAGGGGGUCAGCCAGUGCUGGAGAGUCCAGGGAGGUUUUGCUCUUACCUUCUCUUGCUCCCAGCCUACCAAGCCCCAGAUUCUUAGCUUUCCCAGUUGCUUUUAAAAAGCAUCCCUGUCCACCUCUAAACAAAUACACUGUUUGGGAUGUGACAGUCAUGACUAGAAAUCCAGUUGCCCCCAGACAAAAUGACAGACUGAUCCUGUCAGGAUCUGAAUUUGGAGAUGUGCUUUUUCCCCCCACCCAGGAACAUCACAGACACCUAACAGAGCAGCAUCCUAGGACUGUGCUACUUGUCCUGGUUGCCAGCCCUUCCUUGGGGAAUGCAGAAGCCUGAACUUCAGGGUGGCAGCAGAUGUAUAAAGGAACGGCUUGUUUUCAAACACUAAAAUACAGUCAGGUUAAAAAUCCUGGGGUAAAUCAGGAGUGAAUGUCCUGGGUUGCGAUGCACCAUCCCAAGUCUGUGGUGUUUGGCUUACAGGCACAGCAGACGAUGGUCUUCGUCCAAACAUAAACUUUUUUAUGGAGAAUCCGUCUGGCGGGGCCCCUCUCACCUGACUCCUGUAUCUCUGUGCAUGAUUGGAGAUGUAAACCGCUCCCUGUCGGCUGUUAUUCAGAGUGGUGGCAAAGCAGAGUCCAUGCUCUGAAAUCCCCUGAGCUUUUGUGCAGUGAGUGCAGGAGUUUCUAGAUCUGGCUCUGAGCCUUGAGGCUUGGGUCCAUCUGUGCUUCCCACUUCAGGUUACUGUGUAAAGCUUGCAAACUGUGACUGGAUUUAGGCUGUGUCUACCUGGGCCCCAGACUGGGUUCAGACCCAGUUCCUGCUAACCCUGUUUCUAGCGCUGUUCGGCCAGCCAGUGGGGAGGGAGCAGGAGAGUGGGAGAGCCAGGUCUCAGCUCAUACAUGGCUUCAGUGCCCUGAAGCUGGCUCCUAUCUAAAGGCUACUGUAGCUGGGGCCAAGGCUACUUAAGUUUAUCCUGGAGACUGGAUAGAAGAAGCAGCAGCAAUAAGACUAGAAGUAUCUCAAGCGUUCUCAGGGAUUUUUCCGUUCUUGCCUGUGUCGUGAACCUUUGCUGGUUGCGGUGCACAGCUUGCUGGAGUAGGACGGGAGGAGGCAGCUGGGAUGGCUGGUAAAGGGAUGCUGUGAUUACUCUUCUAGGCAGUUGCAGUGGCGGAUCUCGUAGGGAUUGCCAGAGUGCAUCAGACCCUUGUCUAGUCUGGUAACCUGGCUCAGACGUGCUUCAGAGGAAAGUGAAAGAUGCCCACCGUAGGAAAAUGUGGGGUAAUCUGCCCCCAUGAAGGCCUCAUCCUAAUCCCUAAUAGUUAAAGAGAUUGGCUUUAACCCUGAAGCAUGAGGUUUAAUAUCCCUUCUGAAAUUUGUGUUAGCAUUAACUGUGAUAACUCUGGCUGUUCCUGUUAUCCAUCUAAAUUCCCACGCCCUCUUUGAAUCCUGGUAAAUGCUAAUCAUCAGCAACAUCUGCAUUGGUUCCUCUAUCUAAUUAUGCUUUAUAUGGAAACAGUAUUUCCUUUUAUCAGUUUAGAAUGACACAGCUUUUAUUUGUUCCAAGAAAGGAGAACAUUAGCUCCCCUUCUCUAGACCAUUCAUUAUUUUAUAUACUUGUCCUCUCUUAUUCUUUUGCUUUCUAAGGUAAAAUGGUAGCAAACGUCCCGUCAUAUGAGUGUUCUUCCAGGCCCUUGACCAUUUUCUUCACCUGUCUCUGAACCUCCUCCUAUAGAAUCAUAGAAGAUCAGGGUUGGAAGAGACCUCAGGAGGUCAUCUAGUCCAACCCCCUGCUCAAAGCAGGACCAGCACCAACUAAAUCAUCUCAGCCAGGGCUUUGUCAAGCCGGGCCUUAAAAACCUCUAAGGAUGGAGAUUCCACCACCUCCCUAGGUAACCCAUUCCAGUGCUUCACCACCCUCCAGGUGAAAUAGUAUUUCCUAAUAUUCAACUUAGACCUCUCCAACUGCAACUUGAGACCAUUGCUCCUUGUUCUGUCAUCUGCCACCACUGAGAACAGCUGAGCUCCAUCCUCUUUGGAACUCCCUUUCAGGUAGUUGAAGGCUGCUCUCAAAUCCCCCCUCACUCUUUCUUCUGCAGACUAAACAACCCAGUUCCCUCAGCCUCUCAUUGUAAGUCAUGUGCUCCAGCCCCAAUCAUUUUUGUUGCCCUCCGCUGGACUCUUUCCUUGUUGAACCUCAUCAGAUUUCUUUUGGCCAAAUCCUCCAAUUUAUCUAGGUCACUCUGGACCCCGUUCCCACCCUCUUGUUAUGCUAUAUCCUUUUGAAAAUGGGGUGCCACGUACUACACAGUAUCUGCAAACCACAGAUUUUUAAAGACAGAAUAUUUUCCAUAGCGUGCUGCAUCCGAUUCCUUAUACACCCUGCCAUCUUGUUCGCCGUUUUUCACCAGCUGCACAUUGAGUGAAGGUCUCACUGAGCCGUGACAUCCAGGCCCUUCUCCUGAGUUGAUACAGUUAAUUUGGAACCCUGUAAGCUGUAUGAGUAGCUCUUUCUCCCCCCUCCCCUCCCUUCCAUGUGCAUUACUUUGCAUUGAUCAACACUAAGCAUCAUUUCCCAUCAUGUUGCCAAUUCAUCGGGCUUGAUUAGGUCCCUCUGGAAUUCCUCAGUGUUCUCUCUGGUCUCGCCUAACCUAAAUAACUGGGUAUUAUCUGCAAAUGUUGUUACUGCAGUGCUCACCCUCUCUUCCAGAGGACACUGAACUCCAGCCCUAGCACAGCACCUUCAGGCACCCUGCUGUUAAUCUUUUUGACCCAAGCCAAUGAUUCUUCAUGACUAAUUAGUUUCUUUAAUAGCCCCUUGUGCAGGACCUUGUCAAAGGCCUUUGGAAAAUCUAAAUAAAUUAUGUCAACUGGUUCUGUUGAUAAGUUCCAAGCAAUCUAGUAGGUUAGUGAGACAUGAUUUUCCUUUGUAAGAACCAUGCUGGUUAGACUUUAUCAUCUUGAUCCGGAACAGUUUACCAAGAGCCAUGCUGGAUUCUCCAUCGGUGACCAUUUUAAAUCAUGAUUAGAUGUUUUUUUUCUAGACUAUCUGCUCUAGAAAUUAUUUUGGAGAAAUUAUAUGGCUAGGGCUAUCUAGGAGGUCAGAUGAGAUGACCAUAGUGGUCCCUUCUGCCCUUGCGAUCUGUGAAUCUGCCAGAUGUGUGAGUUAUCUGUUUUUUGUUUCAACCAAUUUCCCAGGUACCAGAUUUAAGGCUAAUAGAUUUUUUUUAAAAUAAGAUGCUUUAUGGUAAGUGAUCAAGUCCCAGUGGAGUCAGUCAUACGGGACCCAAGAAGGGAACCUUUAAAACUUGAACCUUUGCUUUGUUUACCACUUUUAUUCUGUGCCACCUCCAAAAAUAUUCAACUGGGCCCCGUCAAACUCAACCCACUGCAAGGACUGUCUCGGGGCAUUUGCUUGUUACCCCCGUAACCUUACUAGACAAUCAUCCUUGUUGCUAGCACUAAUUUCUAAGUGGACAGAAGGCAGGUUUGAACUGGGAGAUGAGACAAAUAGGGCAAGGAGCUGCUAAAUGAAUGAUUGAUCUGCAGUACUGUAUUCAGUCUCUGGCUGGCACUGUUGCAUAGCUAGCCAGCUACCAGAGGCAUUGAGAGGAGCAGAGAAGGGAUAUCUUACAUUUAAGUUCAUUUGGAACCUACCUUGGAACAGGGAGAGAAUCCAGUGGGGAAAACUGCUGUGUGAUUUUAACAGUAUCUUACGUUGGUCCAGUUGGCCCCAUGUUUCAUCUGCUAAACCCAGCACCCAUUGGGAGCUGCUUUGAAAUAAGAAUGUCAUUUUCAUCUGUUUUUAAUUGGGCUGCUGGUCAGGGAGGCACUGGAUGCUUUGGGGGCAGGGCUGGGAAUGGGCCAGGAUAGCCUUUUCUCCUUCGCCCUGCAGGUUCGACACCAGCGCAGAAGAGAGAGGACCAAAAAACUGUAGAACAAGUGGGUGAGCUCAGUCCAGAGAGCUGUGGACAGGUGUCUACCUUAACCUCCACCACCACUGGCCCUCAUUAGCUGUCUCAGCAAGGGAAGCUUGCAGCUGGGCUGUCUGCAGGGGUGUUAUUUCAGAAAAAUGGCGGGGGAGGAGGGGGAGAGGCAGGCAGUGGAGCAAAGUUGUGUCGGCACAUAGACCAUUAUAUGUGAUUAUAUUAUAGCCUGUGAAGUUGAGAGGAUUGGGGGAUGGGGUGGGGCAUACAGACCUAUGAAAAAUCUGGGGGAGGGGAGGGAACUGCUCCCCUUACCCUAUAGCAAAUGACACCCAUGGCUGCCUGUGCUGUGCACAGAGCAUUUCAAUCUCUGGGUUAAACAAUGCCACCAGUUCUCCCCCCCCCCCCCUUUUUUUUUUUCUUUUCUUUCCUUGAAAGGAACCCUCCUUGCUCUAAGGAAAUGAAAACCCUACGAAGGGGGAACUUGGUUACAGUCCUUGCAAUAAUCCCAACCCACAAACCUGUGGUGAAAGCAGCCAGCGUGUAAAGAUGCCCGUGAUGGGUGGUGAUGAAGUUGACUGUCUGAGUGUACGCUGGAGGCUAACAGCCUGCCUCCGUAACUCCUCCUUGCUCCUGGUCAGAAAAUGUGGGUGUUUGUUGCACUGAACAGCAGGGGUUUCCCUGCAGAGUCCUACUGUAAUGCUCCUCGCCAUGGGAUACUAACUUGUGGCCAAACCACUACAAAAGCAACACCUAGUACGGCAUGCUCGUCCCCACAGUGAGGACAGACAGAAUUCUGGACCCGAGUGAGGGGCUCAGGAGGAGAGGAGGAGACAGGUGGGUGCUGGAAGAGGAAUGUUGGGCAGUGAUCUAGUUCUUACACAGGCGUGGGAGGGGAGGGAUUAAUACAGAUUGCUGGGUGUUGAUCAGGUGCUGAACUGGCAGCCAGCUAUAGAGGGGAAAAGCCAUUUGAGCAGGAGAUCGACUGUGGUUGAGGAACAAUCCUUCCUGCCCAGCUUCAGCUCUAGCCCCAACCAUUGGUACCAGUGACCAUGAGGUUUUACUGACUGUUGGAGGUUAGGCAGGGGUUGGUUCUCCCAGGGGGCUGUGCCUAGUAAUCUGCCCUCCCCGCAUGCCUCUAAUGGACUCCUUAGUACGGCAUGCCCACAGGGUUCCCAUCUGUCACCCCUUCCUGCUGAAUGUCCAGCCAUCACAGUGCCCAGCGUAAGCUGUAAGCCUCAGUGGCAGCAGACAGGUGGCUGGCAGGAAGCCAGUUAUAGCUCCCUGAUUCUCUGCCUUGGUCCCAGAGCAGUUUAGAGCAGCUCCCCCAUCCCUCCCAGACUGUGCCAGCUGGCUCUGGUCCCCAUAGAGGCCAUACAUCAGCUGGGGAUUGUCAGAGCUACCAUGCUUACCUCACUUCCCUUUCCUGUCCCUGAUGUGCCUUUUGCGCCAAGGGCUGGCUCUGUGGCUGCUGGGGACUCCCGAGGAAGGGUCUUAAGGGAGCGGAGUGGCGCUAGGCAUCUGGCCCAAGAACUCUUGUUUGGAGUAGAAACAAAAAUAGAAGAGCGGGGAGAUAUGAAACCUAAAUCAGAGCAUUCGCUGUGAUGUGUGAAGAGGGUCAGGAGUUCAAGGGCAUUAGCUCGAGCUACAGAUCACGUCUGACUCACCCAUUCCUUGCAGCCACAUCCCCAAUUCCAGACGGCCGAGAAUGGGGGAAAACGCAGUGACAGGCGGAUUUCAGGAAGAAGCUCGUAAUGUCCUGCCAGUCUGGCUUGCAGAGCGUGGAAGGGCUCAACACACUGUCCUAGAGGGGGACUUGUCCCUUGACAAUCAAGACUGGUGGCGGCCCUCUGUGAAACUUUGUGGGUGUGGGAUGGGGGGAGGGGUUACAUGUAUACUUGAAAGCCAUACUGUAGCUAUUACUGACUCUGUUUUGCUUUAUUAAUGGUUUCUGGAAAGCCUGUUGUUCCACAGAUCACUUCCUCUGAGCCCUCCAGUGAUUCCUGACUGCCCCAAUAUGACUGGGUAGCAGGGGCCCUCCAGUGAGGGGAUAAGGGGAUACAGUACAUGGGGAGCAGUAAGACACACAUCAUGCCGCCUCAAAUGACGAGGAGCUUGCAGUAUCUUCCCUCAGCAUGGUGGUGGUUGUACCCCUGAAGAAGACAUGGGUAAUCCCCUUUUGAUCCCCCCAUGUAUGUAAACCAUCUUUAAUAAUAGCUCAGGGGCAAGAGGUGUCGAACACAUUGGGUUGUUUUCCUGGAAAACCAUUUCCUUGCAAAUAGUCUUUAAAAAAAAAUUUUUUUUUUUUCCAAAAUAAAAGUUAUGUGCACUUA